AUGACACGGCAAUGGACUCAGGAGGAAAUCAGCAAAUUUUUAAGCUACGCUAGAGGCAGCUUCGACGCCAGUGAUCGCCUGGCUCUGGACAAGAAGCUCAGAUCUGCCGCUGAAGACACCGUAACGCAGCAGCGAUGCCCGUCUGAUAUUAAGCAAGGCUUCAAGAAACACGAAGGUGGAGUCGUGCGCUUUUAUACUCAACACUGUGCAGACGACGUCAUCGGCGAAUGUGUAGACGAGCUGUGGAGCAGCGACGAAAAACUGGCUGUCGUCGUCGCUGACGCUCUAGAAAACGCAGCAAGCACCUACGAAAGGGUCAAGCAAAAGGGGUUAAAUGAAGGCCUGAAGGUUACUAAGGAGGUCGACGUGCAACUCAUCCAAACUGCGUGGAAGCAGGCGUUCACCAAGAGUCUCAGCAAAUUCGCCAUACUGGGCCUACAGAAACGGUGUGCAAGUAGGGCUACAGAUGGCGGAUUGUGUGCGCUCAGCGAGGCGGAUUACAUGGACUUCGCAGGAGACACAAUCCACUCCAUAGUCAAUGAGGGAGUCGGUAUAGUCACCGGAUAUGCUGCUGUCGAUGUUAGUUUGAGGAAAUUGUGA